AUGGGACCUGUCUUUGGAAGUAAGGAUAACUUCCUGGGCCUGGGAGUGUUCGUGGACACCUACCCAAACGAGGAGAAGCAGCAGGAGGCUCAGAAGAGGAGGUACAGCCCGGGAAAUCAGCGUGUCUUCCCCUACAUCUCGGCCAUGGUAAACAACGGCUCCCUCACCUAUGACCACGACCGGGACGGGAGACCGACGGAACUGGGGGGCUGCACGGCCAUGGUGCGCAACCUCAACCACGACACCUUCCUGGUGAUCCGCUACGUGAAGAGGAGACUGACGGUGUUGAUUGAUAUCGACGGUAAGCACGAGUGGCGAGACUGCAUCGACGUGCCGGGCGUGCGCUUGCCCCGCGGGUACUACUUUGGGACCUCUUCUGUCACCGGAGACCUGUCAGGUACUGCCCCGGGGUCCCCAGCCUUGUCUCCCGAGCAGCUCUGGCAGCUCCUGCGCAGCUUUGGGUGUCUGGAGGUGCAGCUCGGUACCCGGUGGGGCUUAACAGAAGCACGUGAGGACCUUUCCAUGCUUUACACACUCUUGAGCUGUGAGCGGGAGCCUUGGGGGUUUUUUUUUAAUCUUGCAGCAACUCCUGAGGAGCCAAAAGCCCGGUCUGGGCACGUUGCUCCCCCGAGUGCUUUGUCUAGGCAGCAAUUCCCACUUUUCCUUGAGCUCAGGGCCACGGCCUGGGCAGCAGUCCUCGCCCUCGGAGAAGUGCUGCCCUCCCGGAGGACCCUGGCCCGCCGGGCUAAGCCUAUCCGCCCCGCUUUGGUCGUGCCACGACCAAAACGGGGUGUGCUGGUCCACUGGAAAGCUCGCGGAGGUUUGAACCUCGACGGUGUCAUCUCCCCCUCCAGAAAUCCCACCGCAGACGCGUCCACGAGCCCCUUGCGUGCCCCGAGGUCUCACGGCUUACAUGCAGGCAAAUCUCAGCCGGGUUUCGGGGCGCUGAGCUCUCUGGGGGCUCACGGGCUGUUGUUCUUCCUCUGCCACACAGUGGAGGCACCGCUGGAGCCCAUGAGCGGCCUGGCUCUCUUCUUAAUCGUCUUCUUCUCCCUCGUUGCCAUCGUUUUCGCCAUCGUCAUUGGAGUCAUCGUCUACAACAAGUGGCAGGAGCAGAGCCGGAAACACUUCUAUUGACUUGGGAACCCCCGCCCCGGGAUGGCCCGUUGCUAGUCCUUGCUAGCCACGUCCCGACUCCCACCCGUCCCAGACUGGCCAGAGCGUGAUGGACCGACCCUCACGACAGGGAGCCUCGUGUGUGUGUGUGUGUGUCCCCCAAAAAACCCCGGUGGGGAUGGCUGCUGUUUCUUAUCGGGGCUCUAGAACUCCCACGCCGCUCCCGGUGGGAGCGGGGGAUCCCCAGUGCGAUGGACUGGGAGC